AUGGAGCACCUUUCAAACUCAGAAAGGUUGAUAGAAAUAACCUCGAUCGAGUACUGGAUCCUCCCGCUCGUCUGCGCCGGCCAUUCGAAGGAAAUCAACUGGAUGCGUCCUCCUUUGGCCGAUCAACUUGAGGAUGAAAUUUUGGAUGACGGCGAAGAUGAUUUCGAAGAAGACUCCUCCGGCGAAGUUGAAUCUGACACGAUUUAUUUUGGGACAAACGGCCAGACGGCGAUUUUGUUGAGCGAGUUGCUUGGCGGACGUGGAGAUCUGGAAGACUUGGAGGGAGAAGUGGAGGACGAUGUAGAAUCUACCUUCGCCGACGCUCUCAAGAACCUAUCGCAAAAAGUGACUAACGAACUCAUCGACCGAAAACCGUUCAUGUCCGGUCUUGCUGCGAUAGAAUCUGUCCAAGGGCUGAUUCACUUGUACAAGACAAACUACGGCUUCAACAUCACGGAGGAAGGCCUAGCGACAUGCUCCUGCUCCUACAUGUUCCAGUGGAUCUAG